GGCCGGCCCUUCGGCUCGGGAGGCGAACACGACAGAGACCAACGAAAACCCCAGUAAAGAGAAAGAGGGGCGAGAGGAUACGGAGAGAGAGAGAGAGAUGGGGGCGAAGCUUCGGUACGCGAUGGUGUGCUCCUCGAACCAGAACCGGAGCAUGGAGGCGCACGCGCUGCUGAAGCGGCACGGGUUCGACGUGUCGUCCUACGGGACGGGGGCGCACGUCAAGCUCCCCGGCCCGUCGCUGCGGGAGCCCAACGUAUACGACUUCGGCACCCCCUACAAGUCCAUGCACGACGAACUCCGCCGCAAAGAUCCCGACUUGUAUAAGCGCAAUGGGAUAUUGCCGAUGCUCAAGAGGAACCUCGGCGUCAAGAACGCGCCGCAGCGGUGGCAGGACAAUGCCGCAGAUGGCUGUUUCGACGUCGUCGUCACUUUCGAGGAGAAGGUCUUUAAUAUUGUCAUUGAAGACCUUAGUAAUCGGAAACAAGUGUUGAUAAGAAGUGUACUGAUCAUCAACUUGGAGGUUAAAGAUAAUCACGAAGAAGCUGCCACCGGUGGCAAGCUCACUUUGGAAUUAUGUCAAGAGAUCGAAUCAGCAGACUGCUGGGAGGAUGCAAUUGAUGAUAUUGUUGCUGCAUUUGAGAGACAACAUAAGCGAAAACUUCUCUACACGAUCUCUUUCUAUUAGAUUUAAAGCGGACAUCUCAUUCUAUUAUAUUAGAUCCAAAGUGAAUGUAUUUUACUUGGUGUUCUUAGUCAUCCUAUGAGAAAAGUGAAACCCUACGUCGUGUCUAAGUAGUGUUGGUUUUCUGAUGGUAAAGAUUCAGAACAUAACCCCUUGCUCUGGUAGAGUUCAGGUGGGCAGAGGAAUCUGGUUGGUUUGAUGAGGUGAGUUCGAAUUUGUACUUUGUUUCUCAAACAAAAAUAAUAUAUUGUUCUUCUGGGGUUGACCCCAAGUAUUCAUGACAUGUUAAAUGUUUGAUCCA